CCUCUCUCUGCGCAUGCGUAUUCAAACAAAUCCAUUACCAUGUCAAACCACAGAAAUGAAACUGUUCCUCUGAAAACUAACUGAUGAAGUGGUGAACGAGCAGUUUGGAUCACUGGAGUGUCGCUCAGGGGCUUGAUAAACGGCAGCAAGCCACAAUAACAACAACAACAACAUGUUUGGUAAGAAGAAGAGAGCCCCGCAGCCCAGAGGCCAGGGCGCUGCUGCAGCCAAGCAGAUGGGUCUGUUCGUGGAGCUGGACCCUGAGGAGAUGAUGAUGGGCAUGGAGGGGAAUCUGGACGACCCGGACUUGGAGGCUGAAUUUGCUGCUAUCACUGGAGAUAAAGUUGCUGCUGGUGGGAAAGCCAAGCCGAAGGGGAAAAGCCCGCUACCCAUGGAAGACAUCGCCAGAAUGGCUGAUGAGUGUAUGAGAGACAUGGAUGAUGAUGAAGAUGAUGCUAAUCUGGAAGAUGAUGAAGAUCUGUUGGCAGAGCUACAGGAAGUGGUGGGCGAGGGGGAGGCUGAUGAUCCUGUAACUGUUUCCUCCCCGUCCUCUGACACUGCUGAGUCUUCUCAAGCUGAAACACCAGAGUCCCCACCGCUGCAGCAGCAGCAGGAAGUAAAGGUUUCCUCAGCAGCGCCAGGCAGCCUCCAACACACCCUGGAGGAGAGAGUUGCCAUGUACAAGACGGCCUUACAAAAUGCCAAGACUGCAGGGGAGACAUCCAAGGCCCGAAGAUACGAUCGUGGCCUGAAGACUCUGCAAACGAUGUUAGCUGCUGUGAAAAAAGGAAGACCUGUGAACGAGGCAGAGAUCCCUCCUCCUGUUGCCACUGGAGCCCCGAGUGCCGCCUCUCGUCCUGCUGUUCCCCAACGACCGGCUCCCCCUGUUCCCUCACGCCCCGAAUCCAGUCCCUCUGAUGAGAAGGAGAAGUUGGUACCAGAGAUUGUCACACCCAGCAGUGAAGAAGAGCAGUCAGCAACCUCAGCCCAUCCCACUCUGAGCAGCGUCCCGUCUCCAGAGGAACCUGCCGGCCAGCCUCAGACAGAUGGUCCGUCGAAUGAGGAAAGCAAGGCGAUGCUCAUAGAGAGGCAGAAAGAAUACAAGAUGGCAGCUCUGAGAGCAAAGAAGGAAGGAGACUUGGAGCAAGCUCGGCUUCACUUCAGGACCAGCAAGAGGUUCGACGCAGUGAUUGAGGCGUUGGAGAAAGGUCAAGCAGUCGACCUGAGUGGCCUUCCUCCAUCUCCAGGACAGGGUGCAGGCGGAGGCUCUGCUCCAGUGAAGGAACCUUCAUCUGGGCAAAACAUAGAGGUCACCCAACCUGUUGCAGCAGCUCCAGCUCCUGCUGCCCCAUCAGCCCCCGCUGCUCCCAAAGAUGUGCUGGAGGCUCUCGAGCAGAGACGAGCCAAAUACGUGGAGGCGUCCAAUCAGGCCAAAGCCAGUGGAGACGACCGCAAGGCCCGAAUGCACGACCGUAUUGCCAAGCAAUACCAGAGUGCCAUCCGAGCUCACAAAUUAGGAAAAGAUGUCAACUUUGAGGAGCUGCCUGUUCCGCCUGGUUUUCCUCCAAUCCCCGGCCAGAAGGCGACAGGAGCUGAGCAGGGAUUCGUUGCUGCUCUGGUGGCAGCUGACAAGCUUGCCUCCACUGAUAAUGUGGAAAUAGCAGAUGAUGAUGAGGAGGAAAAGGAAGAGGAGUCUAAGCCUGCUGCUCCAGAAGAGCCGAAAAAGCCCACUUUAGAUGUCCCCGCGGCAGGCCACAGGAGGAAAAGGACUCCUUCAGCCUCACCUGACAGAACAGCGACCAGGGAAGGACUCUCACCAACCGCGGUUCAACAGCUGGAGUUCCUGGAGGGCAGGAAGAAGCAGUACAUGAAGGCAGCUCUGCAGGCGAAGCAGAAGAACGACAUGGAGCAGGCCAAGGUUUUCCUCCGCACCGCCAAGGGCUUCGACUCCAUGAUCGAAGCGGCACGCAGCGGCAGAAAUGUGGACAUCAGCACGGUGCCGUCGCCCCCUGGUGACGAAGAUGAAGACUUCAUCCUGGUUCAUCACAGUGACGUGCAGAUCUCGGAGAAGGCAGAGCAGGUUUACACUCAACUGGCCAAGAUCCUCAAAGAGCAGUAUGAGAAAUGUAUGACUCACUCCAAGCAAUUCACACACCUGGGGAACGUCACCGAAACAACAAAGUUUGAGAAGAUGGCGGAGAGUUGUAAGAAGAGCCUGGAGGUGCUGAAGCUGGCCCAGUCGAGAGGUCUGCCUGCUCCUAAACAUCACUUUGAGGAAAGGUCGUUUCACACUGUCAGGAUAUUUCCAGAUCUGAGCAGCACUGACAUGGUUGUUGUUAUCGUCAAAGGGAUGAAUCUUCCUGCUCCGAGUGUCAGGAUUUUAAGGAGAAGCACAUGCUGGCUGAUGCUUUGUGGUGAACUUUCUCCUUCAGGAAUCCAAACAAACGAUCUGGAUGCCUACGUCAAGUUUGACUUCCCGUACCCGAGCACGGAGCAGCCGCAGAAACAUAAAACAGCAGUCAUCAAGAACACAAACUCCCCAGAGUACAACCAGAGCUUCACCCUGUCAAUAAACCGUAACCACCGCGGCUUCAGGAGGGUGGUGGCGUCAAAAGGCAUCAAACUGGAGCUGCUGCACAAAGGUGGUUUCUUGCGGAGCGACAAGCCCAUCGGGACGGCCCUCCUGAAGCUGGACAAACUGGAGACACAGAGUGAAAUCAGGGAGAUCGUAGAGGUGAUGGAUGGUCGAAAGGCCACAGGAGGUCGUGUUGAAGUGAAGGUCCGACUCCGGGAGCCUCUGAGUGGACAGGACAUGCAGACGAGCACAGAGCGCUGGCUGGUGAUCGACCAGUCACAGGUUCUCGUUUAGAUGCUGCUGAAAGGUUAAAGACGAUUUAGAAGAUGAAAGAUAAAAGGCACUCAAUCAUAAACACUCAGAGGAUGGAGUUUGGGAUGUGAUGAGGACGGUCUGUUGGACUCAGACCUACACGGGUCUUUGACUUGUCAAAUACUUUUUGCACAUUUGCAAGACACAAGAGCUCCCUUUCAUACUGCGGUCCACCAGGAGGAGACAUGGAGCUGGUUUGUGGUAGGUCACAGCUGGUCUCUGGGGAGGUGAACUGACACGUCUGAUGGACACAUGUUUUUGUCCUACAUAAGGGGAAGGUUGUUUUCUUGUUUGAAUCGCCACAGAUGCAGAUGUAAGCUCUUGAUGCAUCAGAUCUGUCGAGGUGAAGGUCCCUCGAGAGGUUCAAACCAGAGAAAACUUCAGUCUCCUGGAGGACGGCAGGCAGUGUGUCCUCUGCUGAAGGGGCUCGACGUCGAGCUAACCUGAUCCUGCUGCCCAACAUGACUCUACUUAAUAUAUCAAAGAAUGUGUACAUAUUCCUCAUAUUAUACAGCUCUGGUAUCUAGAACUGCACCUAUGCACUAAUACCAAAGUAAUCACUGUUGCUGUAAAAUCCUGCAUAUUUGAAAAUCGCCUUUAUCUGCCAAACCUGUUACGAUGACACGAGAGCUUCAGAUGUGAUGUUUAUGAUUUCGACUCACAUCUCAGCUGGUUUUGAGAACGCAGGCAGAUGCAGCACAUACAAUAGACUCAGACGUUUUACAGGAGCAAGCCAAGAAUUGAAUGAUACUACAAAAAGGUACGAUUAUAUGAUUACAGUAGAGACCACACUCCCUUUUGGCACCUUUUACUUGGAUUAAUUAUUUCCUCACUGUGGUCACUAAACUGCACUCUCAAUUACCUGUGGCUUUAGGUGUGUUAGAUUGAUAUUUGUCUUGUUUACACUUGAUAGCACAGAAUCACAACUGAGCUGAUCUAAGAGUUUCAGUAGAAAAAGCUAAAUAUGAAUUUUAUCUUCAGAUGAUGAAAUGGUUAAAAAGUGAUUUUGAGUCCCACGCAUAUUUUUAGUUAAAUAAACAGCUUCGAUCUUUUCAGAAGUAUCGAUAGAGUGUUAGAUGAGCAGAUCGAGCAGACACUGUUAGCUUAGCAUAAAUACUUGAAGCAGGGGGAAACUGCUAACCCUGUUCUCUUAAAAGUGUAAAAAUACAUGUGCUAGCACCUCUAAGGUUCACUAAUUAAGACACUUGCUGGUUUCUUGGCAAACUCACAGUGACAAGAAGUCUCUAUUUUGCCAACUGUAGAGGUGAGGGCAGGUUUAUUAUUGUAAACAUCAGACAGAGCCAGGGUAGCUGCUCUCCCCCCAGCUUACACACUUUAUGCUAAGCUAAGAUAAGCGCCUCCCAUCUCCUGCUCUACCUUUGACACACCCAAGAUAGUUCUGUUGAUCUUCUCAUUAAUACAAUAAGUUUAAACUGUUCCUUUAAAUGUAACUCAUUUUUUAAACUAUGCAUCAGAUGUCUCAAGAAGCAGAUACUAUUAGGAUUUCCUUCAUCUUUUCUCUUUUAAAGGGCCAGUUCACCUAAAUUACAGACAGCUCGAUAGUUUAACUGGAGGGAUAGAAAAACCCACCCAGAUUCAAGGCUUUAAAAUACAACAUUUAAAAUCCUUAACAACAGUUUUGAGAUUGAUUUUUGACCUUAAAAAUCCAACUGAGAAAAACUGUGUUCAAGGACAUUAGACUACAUUCACAUGGCAGCCAUUUUUUUGCUUGGAUCUUUUACUGCUGUGUUCUAGGUUACCUUUAAAUAUGGUCUGAAGAUCUUUGCUAUCAUCUUUUCAGUUGUUGAUCAAUUAAGAAGCAGUGAAAGAUAGCCAUAUGUCAGACUUCCUUACAUUUAUAGGACCUCUGAACAUAACAUCAGAGCAUUCAAGCUGAGAAAAAGCCAGCCAUGUGAAUAUGGUCUAUAAUAAAAGUUAGUCCUUCUGUAAGUUAACACUGUGGGUGGAGAAGGAAAACACACAUAUUGUUCCUAAAAAGACACACUGCUGUUCAAAAGUUAAGUUAUUGAGUUAUUUGAGUGAACUCACCCUUUAAAAUGUAAGCUGCAGCAUUGUAAGAAGCCAUAACUAACACACUGAGCCAACUACAUGAACACCAAUUCCAACAGGUUUACCUCAUUACUGUUUGCAACGUUAUUUAUCAGCCAAACGUUACUGUGGUCAAAACAUUUCUCCUUCUGUUGGCAGUUUUAACAUAAUGAAUCAUCGUAGCUUAAGUUUACCAUGAACAUCGGCCUGAAUGAUUACAUCGUACUGUUACCCAUCAUCUCAUUCUGUUUGUUCACCUACUUCUUGUUUACGAAGAUGAAUGAUGUCACGUUUAUAUUUACAAAAUGCUACAAAAAUAAUUUCAAACAGGAUCGAGGCUAUAUUUCGUUUUUAAAAUGUGGACUGAUUUUGCCUUCCCUGCUUAAAAAUGUACUGAUUAAAAACACUUUUGUUUUGAUUUCA